CCCUCCCACUCCACUGGGCCGCGAGGAAGUCGCAAGAUGGCUGAUGUCGCUUGGAAGUAAUGUUCCCCUCUGCAACAUGAAGCCGUGAGUGUGGAAGAAAGCGAGGGAGGCACCAUCGGGCUUUUAUUUUUAUUUUAUUUUAUUUACUUUUAUUUUAUUUCGUCAAACAUCCAUCUCAUUCCGCGUCGUGUCCGCCCCGGACUUGUCUUCGGGAGUUGACGCGUCAAAUCACGCCGGGGACCCUGCCAGCAGCUAACAGCUAACCACACAGCUAGCAAAUGUUGGUACAGCUAGCCAGCCAGGGACAUAGCUUGUUAGUUUCUUUUAAUUGAUAUUCAGAAAACCCGCGAGCCAACGAGCUACCAGUGUAAAUGUUAAUUUGAAAUUUGCCUGAGAGAGUGCAGAAUAAAUGUCAAAUAUUUUAGCUGUCACACUGAAAAAUAACGAUUUGCAAGCUGUUCGGUUCAACAUCAUGUCCGCGAACUGGCCAUCCAGCCUGUGGGUUGCUAACGUUAACUAAUGCGCAGUGUUGCAUCUUUUUCAUGUGCACAAAUCAGCAAGAUACUUAUUUUAUUGGCAUUUUUCAUUAAAAUCCAACCACCUUGCUGCAUUUCCUUUAUUUGCUGCCAACUACCUGUUUGAAGCUGGUUAUGUUAAGGCCAAAUUAUGGGAGCAGGAAAUGUGUUGAACUUUUUCUGGUCGUAGGUGGCUACACUGGCCUUGCUGGCAUCUCACCAAAAAUCCACAGGGAUGGACACUAAAUUGAGCACCCACUCACAAAACUGAGAAAUUGUCAUUUCGAUUUCACGGAUUAGGUAGAAUUACGAUUGCUGACACACGUGUACACAAGUGCACGGUGACUCAUUUCACUAGUCUGGGUGACAGAUUGUUUUGCAGGGUUAACUGAAGUACAGUUAGUCACUACAUCGAAGACCAGUUAGCUUGCCUGAAGUGCAUAGCUAGCUCCGGUCUCGCCCCACAUCACAUUACAAACACGGCGUACAGAACGUAUUCAGAGCCCGCUCCCGGCCAGACGCACAGGCUCAACAACACCGUCAUGGGAGUGCAGGGUUUUCAAGAGUAUUUAGAGAAGCGGUGUCCUGGGGCCGCGGUCCCGGUGGACCUCCUGAAGCUUGCCCGUACCGCGGCCCGCCAGCCCCCUCACCACCAUCAUCCACACCACCACCCACACCACCCCGGGCCCAUGCCUCCCCCGCCCCCGCCUGCCAGGAUCCUAAUCGACGCUGACUCCGGCCUGCAACGCCUCUACGGCGGCUACCAGACGGACUGGGUGUGCGGGGGCGAGUGGAACGCAAUGCUGGGCUACCUGGCUGCCCUGUCACAGGCCUGCCUGUAUCAGGGUGGCCUGGAGCUGGUCGUGGUUUUCAACGGCACAUUGGGAAAGGAGCGCUGGCCCGAGUGGGCGCGGCGAGCUCAGGGCCAGCGACAGACGGCGCAGCUGAUAGUCAACCACGUCGGCAGCAAGGCCACCCCGCCUCCUCGUGCAUGGUUCCUGCCCCCGGCCUGCCUCAGCCACUGCGUCCGCCUGGCCAUGUUCCGCUUCCGAGUGCGGGUUGUACAGACUUUGGAGGACCACCACCAGGAAGUGCUGUCUCUCUACAGGGACUUUGGAUUUGCUGGCCUGAUUGCUCAGGAUUCUGAAUUUGCCCUCUGCAACGUACCCGCCUAUUUCUCAUCGCACGCGCUCAAACUGAGCUGGAACGGCAAGAACCUGACCACACACCAGUACUUGCUGUCUGAGGCCGCCAGGCAGCUCGGGCUGAAGACACAGCACCUGCCCUGCUUCGCUGCUCUGCUGGGAAAUCAUAUUCUGCCUGAUGAAGACCUGGCUGCCUUCCACUGGAGUCUGCUGGGACCAGAACACCCACUAGCUUCUCUCAAGGUGCGAGCUCACCAGUUGGUGCUGCCGCCCUGUGAGGUGGUGAUCAAGGCCGUCUCAGAGUACGUCUCCUCCAUCAAAGACCUGGGGAACCUUGAUGUCAUCGCCAGAGAUGUCUUCAAACAGUCACAGUCUCGUAUGGAGGACAAAGUGGAGCGAUUCAAGAAAGCUGUGGAGUAUUUCUCUGCUGCCUCCAAACCUCGUUCGCCCAACAUGGGGCCCUCCUCUUUCAUCUUACCUGGGUUUGGAUUUGGGGGACCACCCGGCCACAUGGGACCUAUGCAGCCUGGAAAGAAUCAGUUCCCUCCUGCCCAGGUUCCAGGGUUAAAGCCACCCUAUCAAAAUGCUCCAUAUGGACAUGGCUCCACCCCUCUGUUCCAGAACCCGCCGCAACCAUCCCACGACUGCAACGAUUCAAUGACAGGCAAGAUGGGCUUCUCUGAUUGGUCGGCUCCAUAUGAUUCCACUCAGGGGGGAAAUCGAUUACCCAAUCAUCACACCACCACUCAGACUGGUCCCUCUCCGUCUCCUUCAUCGUCAUCAGAUGGAGAUGAAACCAACGACAGCAACGCAAACCAUUUGACGGACAAGUCCUCUCGGUGGGAGGAUCCUGCCGGAAGGGUGGGCUUGGCCUCUGGAGACGGUUCCCAAGGCAACGGGAGCGGAUCACACAUUCCGUCACUGCUGUCUAUGGCGACGCGCAGUCACAUGGACAUAACCACACCCCCUCUGCCUCAGGUCAGUGCUGAGGUUCUUCGUGUAGCUGAGCAUAGACACCGAAGAGGACUAAUGUACCCCCAGAUUUACCACAUUUUGACCAAGGGAGAGAUGAAGAUGCCAGUGUGUAUAGAGGAUGAGUGCAACUCUGAGCUGCCUCCUGCCUCUCUGCUGUUCCGUGCUGCCAGACAGUAUGCCUACGGCGUCCUCUUCAGUCUGGCUGAAACACACCGCCGCCUGGAGAGGCUCGCUCUCCGCAAGAGGGCUCCCCUGGAAGUUCCUCCAGUGAUUGUCAAAGAGUGGAGCAGCGGUAAAGCCAAGUCGGCCCUGACUCCGGAGCUGGUCCCGGCCCUGUGUUUCCGGGAGUGGACCUGCCCCAACCUGCGGCGGCUGUGGUUGGGUCGUGCCAGUGAGGACCGCUCCAGGAGAACCAGGGCUUUCCUGGCCUGCCUACGCUCUGACUGCCCAGCCCUCCUCAACCCAGCACAGGUCCCACAGCAUCUGCUGCUCAUGUGCUGUGUGCUCAGGUAUAUGAUGCAGUGGCCUGGAGGAAGAAUUCUCCAGAGACAUGAGCUCGAUGCCUUUCUGGCUCAGGCUGUUUCCAGCCAACUCUAUGAACCCGACCAGCUACAGGAGCUCAAGGUGGAGAAGGUGGAUUCCCGCGGAGUGCAGCUGGCUUCUCUAUUCAUGGCCGGCGUGGACACAGCGCUGUUCGUCAAUGAUGUGUGUGGUCAGCCGUUGCCAUGGGAACACUGCUGCCCCUGGGGCUUCUUUGACGGCAAACUGUUUCAGAGCAAACUGGCCCGGGCCGCUCGAGACCGGUCUGCCCUGAUGGACAUGUGCGAGGGUCAGGAAGAGCUGGUGUCCAAGGUGGAGAAGAUGCGUCAGGCAAUCCUCGAGGGCAUCAACCUGUCCCGCCCUCCUCUUCCCCCCCCUCCUCUUCCACCUCCUGCCUUCCUUCCCCCAGCUAUGGUGUCCCCUUUCUACCCCAUGCCUCCCCUCUACCCACCUCGCCCCAUGGGCAUGCCUCAUCAUCAUCACCCGCAUCAUCCACAUCACCCUGCCCAACACAGACCCAGAGCCUUCCCAGGGCUUCAGUCCAUCCCCCCUCAGGGAGGGAAACUGGAGAUAGCUGGCAUGGUUGUUGGCCAGUGGGCUGGGAACAAACCAAUCCGUGGACGAGGAGGGUUCAACAUGCAGGUUGUGUCAGUGGGAGCAGGGAGAGGGAGGGGUAAAGAGAUUCCAGCUAAAGUAAGGCCAGUGAAAAAGGCACCUACCAACAGAACACAGACGUCGCCACCCCCCCCAUCCAGCAGCCCCCCAAAGCCCUCAGAGGAGGCGGCCUCCACGCCAGAGGUUGCGACGCAGCAGCUGAACGGCAGCUCAGCAGCCAUCGCCAUCGGCCAGCCCUUGGAUCUGGCCGCCUUGGCCCAGCCAAUCCCGUGUGCCUUAGCCAGCAGAGACAACCAAUCAGACGGGGUGGAGGUGGAGGCCCCCUGUUGCCUUGACGACUGCCCGUCAGAGGGAGCGCUACAGAAGGAGGAGUGAUGGGAUCCUUCCCGGGAUGCACUGCUCUGAGAGAGUCCUCUGUGUAUGACUGCCUUUCCCUGUUUUUGUAGCCACGCCUGUGAUCUGUGCACGUUAUCACCUCGAGCAGGAGGUGAAGCGAGGCUCCUCCUCGUGUUCCCUGCUGCUCUAUGUGAUCAAGCAGUUAGCUGUUACUUCCUUUUUUUUUUUCUCAUGUGGUUUUACAUUGUUUUAUGAAGAGAGGUUUUCUCCAUGAGUCUUUAAGCGCCCCGCCCCUCAAAAAUCCUAAAUGCCUCCCUCCCGCACUCAGAGUAAAAUAAGCUUGGAAGCCCCACCCCCAUUACGACCCACCAAUUACGACCCAGCUCGCUUUCCCCCCGGUUUCCCAUCUUACGUAUGGCUACCUGUCAAGGUAAAAUGUUUUAUUUUGUGUUUUUAAUGGUCCCAUUGUUUGAAUCUUUGCACACAGAUGUUAAGUUUGCGGCUACGGAGACAGAUGGGAUGUGGUUUCCAUGGUCGGCCUGGUUGCCAUGGUUGGUAGUUGUGUGUUGAUGCGGUUUGUUGCCAUAGCCGUCUCGUGUCAGAGAGAUGUUUAGAGUUUGACUCUGGAUAAUUCGAGUAGGAUUUUAACAAAGUGUACCAUUCUUCUGUGCAGUGACCCUAAUCUCCCUAUACUCUAGCAGCACUGCUAAACACACAACAUUAGUAUAUUCACAAGCAACAUACCCCUUUAUAAAUGAAUUGGUUAUUUAUCACAGGAGCACUUCUGCACCAACAUGGUAUUAGUGUGCUAUCUUAUUUGGACCCAUGUAGCAUAGCCUAGUGCUUAGCUGUGCUAAGAGACCCCAUACAUGUAUGCACCUUAAGCCCUAAAGUAUGCAAGAUAUUACCCUGCUCCUCCAAAAAAGUGCAUUGUUAUAUUAUCCCCCCACUCCCCCACCCCACCCCGCCCCUUGUUCUUUUCUCCCAAAGCUUUGAUUGUAUUACCCCAACAGAAGCACUUAAUGUUGUAUUUAAAUAUAAUGAAUUUAAACAAGCCCCUAUAUAUAGAUGAAUUGGCAGUCUGAGAGGGGGUGUCCCCGCGUGUAAGUAAAUCAUUGACAUGUAGAACUACAUUUAAAAGUAAAGAUCUAUUUGAGAGACGUCAGAAUGUGAACAGAGUGGUUUCAGACAAAGAAGCACUUUGUUUAAAAGAAAUUUAAACCGCACUGGACAGUCUUCUACCAAGUGAUUAAAAAAAAAAUAAUCUUGAAGCACCUUCUGGAGUAAAGGCCAAAAAAAUAAUAACAUAAUACUGCCCAGCAAAAGAUGGAAAUGAAUGGUGAGGAUUUGGGUAACUGCUGCCCUCAGACUGGCCUCACUCGUUCAAUCAUGACCGUUGCAAUGAAGCUGAAAGGACUUCUGAUUCUCCACAUCAAGAAUUCCUGGGAAUCUUUUCAGAUUUCUAAAGUUAUUUCCAAAGUCUAUUUUAAGAAGGCUAGCCGAUUGAGGCAGCCAGAGAUAUAAAAGGGGUGUGGCGACGAAAGCCUCAAAGAUCCCCUCCACACCACCUUAUGGUGGUGAUUGAGCAACGGUUGUCAUGAUGAUAGCCCAACACCAUGAGCUGUUGCCCCGCAGAGCUCUGGUGUGUCACUUUAGACCAGCAGGAAGCACUUCCCUGCCCUGAAGUUCUUCAGCCGAACAAGGCGGAGGCUUUACAGGUCGGAUCACAUGUCACACGAGAGAGAGGGAGGCCUCACGGCGGACUUAAUUAAGUGUGCCGCUCACAAUCUGAGACUUCUAAGAUAAGGAAUUGUUUUAUUAGAGCACUUACGUUUGUAGAGAAUGAGAUGUGUCCCCAAUAGUAGGUUUCAUCUGACUACGGAAAUACAACUUACCAAUAGCCGGUAGCACAACUGCAGAUGUAAAAGCAGUAGACCGACAGAUACUGCCUGAGAGAUCCUGGCCAUGAACAUUGUAAUCUCUACAAACUCACUAGGAGAGGUUGAAAUGAGCUCACCAUGUUUAAAAAGGCAAGUCAACAAAGAAGCACCUUAUUUUCAUACUAUGUUGAUGACUUGUGCUCUAUCAUGUGCCACAAAAUUGACAUGGAAACAAGCUCUUAUGAAAUGCCGUUUUGAAGGGGGGAAACAAACCUGACUAUAAAUGUAAGUCUUGGUGUAGUCGCAUCAGACAUCCCUUCAAUUAUGAACACAACCAUGACAGUUGACCCAGCCUUGAGUGUAGGCCUACGCUCAUCAUCACAGGGCUGUGCUGCGCCGCCGUCUCUUACACCAACACCAAAUGAAAUCAGAGGUCUGGAAUGACUUGUUAGCCGUUAUUGGUAGGGAUUAAGCAUACAAGUGCUGUAGGUGUUUAUAGGUUAAGAGUAGGUAACAGCGUUGGGCUUAAAACAGGACAUUAACACAGACACAAAGACUAGGCUAGAGAAUAUAGCUCCACUGGCCGAAAUACUAAGUCUAGAAUUACUAGGAGUCAUAUACUUAACUGCUUUCAACUUUCGACAUUAGUACAAAUAUGUGUAUCGCAACAGUACAUUGUUAGAAGAUGUCUUUUCUGUGGCGAGCCAGAGUGUGAUCUGGUAUACAAUGCCCUCUCUCGAUUCGCUCGCCAUAUAACAUUUACAAACAGACACACACACACACACACACACACACACACACAACAAACAGGUAUUCAGUUGCAUUUGUUACCACCAGCAUUCUCUCUGCUUUUGUGCUGAUGUGAUUUUGUGCAGUUUCAGUUCCCAGUGGAGUGGUCGUCAGUUCAUCAGAGAUCAUUUUUGGUAACAUAUUCUACUGAUCCACAAAAAAAUCCUACAUUUUCAAGUUUGCAUGGAUUUAAAAUACAUGUUAGAGGUGCCGGGUAGGCACAGAAACAAUCAUCUACACACAGCACAUGCACAAGACAUUGACACAUGGCACACACAGAUACAUAGAUGUUAAACCCUGAGUUACACAGUAGCUAGUAUGGAGAAAAAAAAGUCAACACAAUACAUAAUGUAGUGUCCCUCUCUCGUCCUUGUCUGUUUUAGUUCGAUAGAUAUUUGAUCAGUGAUUUUUAUGCUUGUUAUCCUACCCCCCUGCUAUGUCACUUUUUCUCCGCCCUCCCUUCCCCCCCACCCCCCCAAAUGUUCAUUCACUUCUUCUCUCAGCCCCCUAAUCUUCCUCCAUAGAGUACAUGCAUCCACUUACACACACACACACUCACGCCUUCCCAUUAAUAGCAGUCACAUACACAUAUAUUUUACACACAGGUUAACCCUCCCGUCACUUCCUGUAUUUCAGUUAUUCUCUUUCACUCUUAUCACCUCCCUCUCUGCCUCUCCUUUUAGCCCUUUUAGGACCGUUCCUAUUGGACGUUUUUCUCUUUUUCUCUUUGGGCUGCCCCGCCCCUUAAUCAACCCAACUAACAGUAAAGGUUAUAUUAACGUUGAUAAUCAGUUUCUGUAUGUAUCUAGCCAGAGUCUGGAAAAAAAAAUCAAAACGGUUUUAUUCAAUUGUGCAAAUGUGUUUUUCUUACUAUUUUUAAUGUUAUUACAUCUUCUAAUCUAAUCCUUCUACCAUUGCUUCAGUUAGUACUGAAAUACGCUUAGCCAACCUAGAGAUUUGAACUGUAAUGAUUGCGAUUUUCCUUACCUGUAUUUUAUAUGGCAUCUUUAGACCACCGUUUAUUAUGUGCGUAAGUAAAUAUUGCCCGUUUUUCGAAAUGAAAAUUGUCGUCUGCACUGUUAUGAUUUUCAUAAUAUCCCUGAUAACAAUUUCAUGGUCGACUCAUUAUAAAUCUAAGCUGAACUCAGCGCCCUUGCACAAAGCAGCAAAACAUUUCUUGUAAACACCUGAGAACCAAAGUACACCUAGCAUCCCCCUUCUACCCUGAUAAAGUACCCCAGAGUCCCCUCCCCCACUCCGACGUUUUGCCCCCAGAGUAACAAGUUUUCUGAUGAGUAUGAUUAUAUAUAUAAAAUGACAUUGCAGCACGUGUGAUUUAUCUAACAAAGUCAAAGUGAGGUAGCUGUCUUUUUUAGUGGGGAGACAGACAGACAGGGAAAGAAGGAAGGGAGUAUGUGUGUUGACUGAGUGAGCGUGUAGGCAGAUUUGGACAUGUGACCAAGGGUUAAAGCAUUGAUGGUAAAUUAGCCAGCUACUGCUUACGCUCAGUUGUAUCUUUCAUUGACUGAAUUCAGACUGUGUGAACUACUGCGCACGCUCAGAUCAACACUAAUACACAGGAAGUAACGACACCCGACAAAUAUACUUUCAGUCACGCUGGGGUUUUGGCGCCCUCUUUUGCGUUUUUCUUACAUGUUGUGAUCUCUCAAACUUGCCUUUAAAGUCCCAGACUCAGAUUGAUGGAGCAACUUAUUGCUGUACUAAGCUUCUUCAUGUGUGGGCUUGGAGGCUGCUGAAAGUGGAUGAAUUCUCCUCAAAACACAAAUCUGAGAUUACUUGGCGUCUCGAUGGAUGUUAUUGUGCAAGCAAGAAAUUCACCUGUAUGAGGAUGAAACAACAAGCCUAAAUAGAUUAGAAAGUCCCUGCCACUACAGUAAAUGCCAAACAAAGUCUUGUUCCAUCUUUUCGUUAAGAUCUGAAAUGAUUCGUCAAUGAAUCGAUUCGUCGCUUGACAGAAAAUAAACCAAUAACAAAAUAAAAAACAUGGCUUUUAUAGUGUGUUAAUUGGUAAAAUAAUCAUUGCAGCCUUAAAACACUGGUUAAUUCAACAGAUUACAAUCCAUUGAUUUCUCUCCAUAAAAAUGUAUUUCCAGUUCAUUUCUAGUUUCUUGUCUUGUCUAAAUCUCGGCUGAAGUGUCUUGAGGAAGAUUCACCGUCUCUGUGACUGAUGAUGAAAUUACAGGAGUUAUGAUUAAAGCAUCCUGCCUCACUUCCUAUACGCAAAUGGGAGCGCCUCUGAAGAGCUCGACCAUGUUAAAGAGAACCAAAAGUCCCAGAAUAGAAUAUAUAUACUAUGUUGUAUUGUGGACGUCAAACAGUAUUAUUGUCUGUCAUACAGAAUGUGGAAAGGAGUCAUCACUUGUGUUGUACCUGUUCUGAUAUAUUUGCAGGGUUUUCACAGCAUUAUGUCCAAUCUGAAUUAAAGUCCCUGUUCUGUCUGUCUCUCUCUACACUGCCACCCACCCCCUCAACAGCCCCCAACCUCCAGUAUAAUCCCACCCCCCUCCAACCCGCCAGUGGCUGAGUCCCAGUAAGAGCCUCAAGUUGAUCACUAUGGGCCAUUUCUUGUCAUGUUGGUCAACCGUGCCCUCAGCCACAAGUGUACCGAUGCAUGUACUUCAGUACCCAGGGCCACCCGAAAACUA